UUAAGUCAUAACAACUGUAAACUGUCAACCAAAUAAACUCAAUUAAUUUUAUAAUAAAAUAAAUAAGUUGAUCUUAAAAGUUUUUUUUAUAUAUAUAACAAUGGCAGACGAUAUCGAUAUCGAUGAUUUACUUGAUGAAGUCGAGAUGAAAUUUGUAAGAGGAAAAUCAACGGACAAGAAAAAUGCCGCAGUGAAAUCUUCCAGAAAAAAAUCAGAUGAUUACGACAUCGACAAAGUGUUAGAUGAUAUAUGUGGGGAUACAGACCAACUGGAGAAGUGCAAUAUAGUCAGGAAUGUACCCAGCAAUUUAUCCACGUCAAGACCAAAACCUUCCAAAUGUUUCCCAUUAUGCAUUGGAGGGUCAUCAUUAGCACUUGGAAAAAGCACAUCUGUGAACAAAAGAUCCUGUGAUACACUACGAUGUACAAGCUGUGAUUUUCGGGUGGUUUCCUUUAAUGACUUCCAGUGGCAUAAAGAUACAGACUACUUGUUUCUGAGAAACAACGCACCAGACUUUGACAGACUCAAACCGAAACUAAAGUCUAAACAGGCAACUCUUUUUUACUCAGAAGCCGGAGAACCAGAAAAAAAACUGGACCAGUCCAGUAUGGUGACCAAACUCACAUGCUUCCUUGAACAAGGAUUGAACCCGGGUCGCCCAGGGAGCCGAUCCUACUGCUGCCAGUGUUGUCACAAGACCAUGGAUUCUCUCACAGAAAUCAGGGAUCUCCCAGUGAAGUGGGUCUGUGGUAACCACUGACCGAACACAGAUCAUAGUGUGUGAUGUGUGACUGAGGGAUUGAGAUAGUGUGAUCUGCCAUUCAUGGCCUUCAAUAGCCAUGUGGUGAUUGGGAACAGUGAUACAGUCUAUAUACAUUCCAAUACUUCCAGACAUAUAAAAUAAUUGAGCAGAUGGCAGGUAAAACUUGUAUCAAAGGGAUUAAAUCACAGAGCAUGUUAUGAGUGAAAGUUUAGGAUUAGCUUGGAUAAUUUAUGAUAUGACUUCAUGGUGCAAUUAUUUGUAAACAAUUAUGUUUCAAUUACACAUAUAAUGUAGAGAUCACAUGCAAGAUUUAUUGGAUCAGGUUGUUAUAAUGAAACAGACAUUAAUCGCAGUGAUUUUUUUCAAACCAAUUUGGGACCAUAAAUCACAAGAAAAGCUAAAAAGUACCUUAUGAACAAAUCAAAAUUCACAAUUUCUGCUUAUAAGUGUUUGUUUGAAUUCUAUUUUAACUGAAAUUGGACCCAGGCCCAUUCACCAAGGACUGGAUUAUGACACUUGAUCAUGUGUUAAUAAUUGGCUUACCUGCUUGCAUCUGUAUCUGUCCAUUUGUUUGUAUAAGACUUGUAAAUGCAUUUAUUGCAAAUCCGUCCAUUGGUUUAUACAAGAAAUGUUACACAUAAUCUGUGUUGUUUUUAGCUCACCUGUCACAAAGUGACAUGGUGAGCUUAUGUGACCGUGUGAUGUCCGGCGUCUGUAUGUGCGUGUGUGCGUGCGUGAGUGUGUCCGUCAACAAUUUGUUUGUGUAGAGGUCACAGUUUUCAUCCAAUCUUUAUGAAAUUUGGUCAGAAUAUUUAUCUUGAUAAAAUCUGGGUUUUGAUUGUAUUUGGGUCAUCUGGGGUCAAAAACUAGGUCACUAGGUCAAAAACUAGGUCACAUAAUAGGUCAAAUAAUAGAAAAACCUUGUGUAGACAAUAGAGGUCGCAGUUUUCAUCCAAUCUUUAUGAAAUUUAAUCAGAAUGUUUAUCUUGAUGAAAUCUGGGUUGGGAUUGUAUUUGGGUCAUCUGGGGUCAAAAACUAGGUCACUAGGUCAAAAACUAGGUCAAAUAAUGGAAAAACCUUGUGUAGACAGUAGAGGUCACAGUUUUCAUCCAAUCUUUAUGAAAUUUGGUCAGAUUGUUUAUCUUGAUGAAAUCUGGGUUGGGAUUGUAUUUGGGUCAUCUGGGGUCAAAAACUAGGUCAAAUAGUAGAAAAACAUUGUGUAGACAGUAGAGGUCACAGUUUUCAUCCAAUCUUUAUGAAAUUUGGUCAGAAUGUUGAUCUUGAUAAAAUCUGGGUUGGGAAUGUAUUUGGGUCGUCUGGGGGUCAAAAACUAGGUCACUAGGUAAAAAACUAGGUCAAAUAAUAGAAAAACCUUAUGUAGACAAUAGAGGUCGCAGUUUUCAUCCAAUAUUUAUAAAAUUUAGUCAGAAUGUUUAUCUUGAUGAAAUCUGGGUUGGGAUUGUAUUUGGGUCAUCUGAGGUCAAAAACUAGGUCACUAGGUCAAAUGAUAGAAAAACCGUCAACAAUUUGUUUGUGUAGACAGUAGAGGUCACAGUUUUCAUCCAAUCUUUAUGAAAUUUGGUCAGAAUGUUUAUCUUGAUGAAAUCUGGGUUGGGAUUGUAUUUGGGUCAUCUGGGGUCAAUAACUAGGUCACAAGGUCAAAUAAUAGAUAAACCUUGUGUAGACAAUAGAGGUAACAGUUUUCAUCCAAUCUUUAUAAAAUUUUAUCAGAAUGUUUAUCUUGAUGAAAUCUGGGUUGGGAUUGUAUUUGGGUCACCUGGGGUCAAAAACUAGGUCAAAUAAUAGAAAAACCUUGUGUAGACAAUAGAGGUCACAGUUUUCAUCUAAUCUUUAUAAAAUUUGGUCAGAAUGUUUAUCUUGAUGAAAUCUGGGUUGGGAUUGUAUUUGGUUAGUCAGGUGAGCGAUUCAGGGCCAUCAUGGCCCUCUUUUUUAUGAAUAUUUUUGCUUUUGUUUCUGAACUGUUAAUUUGUAUAAGUACCAAUUAAAUGUGCACAUAUGGUAGUUGUUGGAAUUGUUAUGGACACAAAUCUCACCUCCAAUUUAAAUUCACAUUUAUGAAAAGAAGUGCCAUCUUUCUCUGAUUCUUCUUUUAAUAGAGCGAUUUAGAUUUUAAAAUUAAAUGUUGCAGUACUCUGAUAUGAAAAUCCUUGUUCAAUGAGUAAUCAACAACCAUGCUGUCAUAAAUGCAUGUAUGUAUGAAUAUAUACACAAAAUUAGUCUUGCUUGAUCAAUAUUUAUGUCCAAAAGAAUGAAUUUUGUACAAAAAUGUUUUAAAAAAAAAUAGAAAAGAAAGAUUGUGAGUUAUUAUUUUCAAAUGUCUGUCAAUAUUGUAAUUGUGCAGUGAUCUUUUAUUUAACUUUGAUUUCAUAAGCAGAAUACAAUGACAAAAGGAAAUAUGCAGAGAGAGAACGGAAAUUCAAAUAUUGGAGUAUUUUAAAACUUUUAAUAUGAAUAGAUUUUUGCAGCAAUAAAAACAAAAACAUAUCUAUUUUCUAUCCGUAUUCCUACUGUAGUAUGACCAUGAAUUAUUUCUGUAGUUUACAUACUUAAGGUAGCAUGCCAUUUUGAGCUUGUAUUUAAUACUAACAUUUUUCACAAAAUGAAUUGCAAUUAUGUUUGGUAUUAGUUAAGUAAUCUUUUAAGUAGUGAGUUUUGUCUCUCAUUAAUAUGAAUUUACUUGGAUUUUAAAUGUCAAUGUUAAUGCAAACAUGUGUUGUAUCUAUUGCUCUGCCUAUUAGUGUGUUUGUUUAGAAUUCUGUUUCAUGAUCAUGAUUAAGUAACCUAGUGUUUGGCAUCUACAUAAUAUUUGCAUGCCUCUAGACUUAAUGAACAUUAUACUGGUUUAAAAUUUCAUAAAACAUC